AAAGCCGCUGAAAUAAUUUUGUGGCGAGAAUGAUUAAGUUGCUGGGCUUCUCGAUUGUCUCUCCACUUGUUGUGAGUAGUUGUAAAAGAGUAUCUCAUCGCUGUCACCAUUGCGAUGUAAAAUAUGCAACAACGAACCAAAAGUGUUUCUACAGCAACUGCAUAUAUAUUUCUAUGAUAGAUGGGCAAAACUGGACUUGGAUUGCCAACAGGGUUUCUUCUGCUGUUUCUAACACUUCUUCUCCUUAUACAGCUAUCUAUUCCAUAGUAUUUCCUUUAUCCACUAUACCCUAUCUUUUAUUUCUCAAAGUGAGUUUGCCUCAGUAUUUCAAAUUUACGCUGUUAAUGCGAGAAAACAAGGGUUUGUGGAAAAAGCAAACAGUACCAACCGUUGCUAAAAUAGGUUUUUCCUAUUUGCUUGUUUUUGUUUUGUUUUCUAUUGUGGGAAGUCUAUUGGCACAAAAUCUAUAUCAACAGACACUUUCCAAUGUGGACUGGUUACACGGAUGUGCAGAACAGUUUCUUUCUGUUACUACUUUUUGUAUAUUAUUAGGUUAUCAACUUUUUAUGGAUCAACUAAAAAGAAAGUAAAGUGAACAAUUCGAGUUCCAAAAU